AGGGACAGCUAUUUACUGCAGCAAUCCUCCACUGAAAUGUUCACCUCUUGAUAACAUUAAUUUGACUAAUGAAAUAUGACAUGACAGAGCCUAGCCAUACCAUUGCCUCACCUGUCAGCUGACCCACCACCGUCACAAAUGGUCCGUGACAGCGGGACAGGUUAUGUGUGGUUUUUCUCCCUUUCGCGUGCAUCAGUAUUUAUAUUGUCUUAAUCAUGUUUCUUUCAUCCUACGACCAAUGCAGAAAAUAAACAAAACUCUCGGUUUACGUCAACCUCUAAAAUUAUUCCUCUGCGGAAUUUUUCGGGAUGUGCCGACCCUUAAAACUAAAUGGUAUAUAUUAGCUUAGAUCUGUCGGGAACAGCAUUAACCAUCGAUUGAGUCGGACAGAAAAUCAUAAAAAUGAAAAUAGUACAAGCAAGCAUACUUCUUUUCUGCGUAUCCAAUGUUGCCGGUUUUGGCCUUCUUCGCUUAAUAAAGAACAUCAUGAAUUCUCAAUCAAGGAAUGAUUUUCGAAAUAGAGGUACACCUAUAGUAAAUUCAAGAAAUGCAAACAAAAUGGAUGUCACAUACUGGUUUAAUGAUGGUGACUCGAGUAGUUCUGAGGAGGGAGGUUUUCGCAUUUUAAAUCGAUUUGAUUAUUAUGAUGCUGCAACCGAUUUAGAAACGACAACAUUUUCCUAUCCCAAGACUACCACUGAAGACGACAUCGAGAAUAAUGAAGAGGUAAAUAAUUCAACUGCUAGCGAAGAGAUAACUAAUUCAACCACUACUGAACAACCAUUAAUAACUACAGAAGCAGCAUCAGAAGAAAUUGAGAUCAGCACAAAUCCAGAGACAACACAAAAAACAACAUCGACUCCGUCCACAACAGCAGCGACGUCAGCGGAAGAGGGUGAAGUGAGCACCACUCAGAGGACAACAACUUCUGAUGAAAAACCUACAACCUCAAUAACAAUGACAACAACAAUGCCUAUAACAGAAAAAAGCACAGAUGGACUCACAACAUCAUCGACCAUGCAGACGACAUCAUCACGUGACGACGACACCAGGACAGAUGCAGCUAGUUCAACGACUGUUGCUCCAACAACUACUACAUCCUACAUUACAACAGACACCUUUAUAGAGGGAGAGCUGUCCAUUGACGAUACUGUCAACACAACAGAUUUAAAUUCAACAGACGACGACCUUCGUAAAUUAAUAGAAGAAUACAACGACUAUUUUGAUCAAGGUCCAACCAGAGGUGAUCUGCCAGAUAACAGAAAAACGACAUCGCAAAAUAUACUGGCAACCACCCAAUCUUCUGCUGGUAGUGGAAUCAUAGAAGCGUCGUUUACUGGAAGUAGUACGAAUGAUGCUUCUAAGAUAAAUAUCAUUACUAAUUCACAGUCUAUUCCCAGGGAUAAAACUGCAGACCUAGUAGAUGUAACAUCAGGAAAAAUUGGAAACAUUCCAUCUGAUGUAGUAAUUCGAUCUUUAAACAAUAAGCUACAAGUAAAUUCCCAGAGAGGACAAAAGAUUGUAUUUGAAAAAUCAAUGUCAGGUCAACUUCAUGACACCAUUAAGAGAGUAAGAAAUGACGUCAUUAGCACCAUUCCUCCAAAGCCAACUGUGUUUUUCACACCGCCUGCCUCUCAGAAAGAUAUCAUUUCAGAACCUCAAAAGAACAUUCUUUCUGAACGAGUGGCUAAAAUAGGCAAUGAUUUUGUCAUUCUACCAGACUUUAAAAAUGGGGCAAUUCUUAUAGAGCCAAUUGUACCUUCAAGUGACAUGAAAUCAGACACAAUUUCAAACUUUGAUUAUGUACCUCCUAAAACCUUAUCCUACAAAGCGAUACCUGAAAAUGUAUAAUUCAUUGACAUUGUAAAUUACUUUGAUAAGCAUAAUGUACACAUUGAUGAUUCAUAUUUAUAAUAACUAAUGAAAUCCUAUUAUUUAUAUUCCUCUUUUAUUUUUUGUAAACUAUUUUUUUAU